AUGAUUCUGAUCCACAGUAGCCUUAGUGUUAUCCCGGAGACCCCCGAAGCCGACGCACCCCUCUCAUAUGAUCCACAGUGGCUUGAUACUGAAAGAGCCCGACCAAAUGUCUCCCAGCCGUUGCCCACAUCUCCUCUUUCUCAUCCUGCUACUUCUCCUCAUCUCCUCACACUUCCAAUCGAUUUUGUAGACCACGAAGUCGGUGACACAAGCUUUGAUUUAGAAGCAUUGCUCCCAACCCCAGCUCGGCCUCCUAAUCAACACCAAGACAGCUCCGCUGUUGCGCACGAUCCACCUAACGAUGACCCACCUCCCAUGGACAUGGAAGAUUCCGCCGCGAGAGAUGCACUGGUCACCGACCAAGUUACACACUCAUCAAUUCGCUGUCCCACUAAUACUAAGAAGAGAGCUAGAGCAAUCGAUUGUGACUUGACCAAGGCGCAAAGUGAUGAUAGUAACACCUUCCGGCGGUCUACUAGGCAGAAUCCCAUUCAUCCCACAAACUCUCACACGGGAACUCGCCGCUCUACACGCCAUUCAGGACGUUCGCGCCUUGCCAAGAAUGUGUAUGGACAUUGUGGAUAUCGAGCGAUUGCUUUCAGUCUUGGUCGGACAGAAGACCAAUGGCACUCAGUCCGCGCAGAACUCAUUCAAGAACUAAGGUCCAAACACGAAUUUUAUAAUAUCCACUUCCAAGCACAUAAGCGAGGCGAUGGUGAUGUAGAUGAUCAUAUCAAAGCCAUCCAGACAGAAAGAGAAGAUGUACUCGACACCCCAGCACUCUGGCUCGAUUCAGCACAAAUGAUGUAUAUCAUCGCCACUACCUACAAAAGAAUGUUUUGCGUUUAUAGUGUAGAUCACAGCUUUUCGGCUCUGCCUCUUGAUAGUCCUGCUAACAAUAACCCACCCAUAUUUCUAUUUUUCGAUCGAAAUCGUGUUCACUUCCUUUCACUCUCUAUAUCCUCCCCUUCCAUACCUAUACCCGAGCCAUGGCUUGAAUGGCAUAACCUUGCGGUAUCAGAGGCAAAAGGGUGGGUGAAUAAGUUCAGCUCUUGCUUUUGUAUGUUCAAAACAUGUGUUGUACCUGUAAUUGCCGCGCAAAAGGCUAAGUUGUAUCGUAAAAACCCUGGCAAUGUUGUGGACCUCAUGUCUGAUUAG